AUGGAGUACCGGAUCCGUUUGAACAAGGCAGUAGAUGUGGCCAAUGAGUGUUUGAGGAGGCAGGGUCGGCGCAUCGAGUACUUCAGCCGAGAGAUCUACAACAUCACCAACUUCAGGUCUGAGGGCAGUGGACAUGACCACUGCGAGGCCUGGAAUAAAAUGACAUCUAAGAACUCUACAGCUCUGAUGAUUAUUAUAACAGGGAAGCAAACAUCAGUUCUGACUGUAGCUGUAGAAAUCAUAGUGGUUGUUCUGGUUCUCAUCCUCUGUGUCUCCGGCUUCAUGUGGAUCAGGAAGAAGGGCUCCAAAUCCACCUCUGACAUUAAGGACACAGCAGACGAUGGACAGGGAGACUGUAGUCCCAUGUAUGACAACAUCUCAGGCAUGGCCAUGACCCCUACUGCAGCACAGAGAGCAGACAGAGGCGAGCAGGAUGACAGUCACUACACCAGCGUCCACUUCUCUGGCUCCAAUAACCAAGGAGUGCCUCUGUACUCCACUACAACAUCUCAGAUCAUUUCAAACAUACACCAACGCAUACACACAGGAGAGAAGCCUUAUAGCUGUGAUCAGUGUGGUAAGAGCUUCAAUCAUUCAGGAGCCCUGACCACACACCAACGCCUACACACAGGAGAGAAGCCUUAUACCUGUGAUCAGUGUGGGAAGAGCUUCAAUUAUUCAGGAAACUUGACUGCACACCAACGCAUACACACAGGAGAGAAACCUUAUAGCUGUGAUCAGUGUGGGAAGAGCUUCAGUCGAUCAGGAGACCUGAUUACACACCAACGCAUACACACAGGGGAGAAGCCUUAUAGUUGUGAUCAGUGUGGGAAGAGCUUCAAUCGAUCAGGACCCCUGACUAUACACCAACGCAUACACACAGGAGAGAAGCCUUAUAGCUGUUAUCAGUGUGGAAAGAGUUUUGUUCGAGAUUCCAAUCUGAUUGCACACCAACGCAUACACACAGGAGAGAAGCCUUAUAGCUGUGAUCAGUGUGGGAAGAGCUUCAAUCAAUCAUUAGAAUUGACUAGACACCAACGCAUACACACAGGAGAGAAACCUUAUAGCUGUGAGCAUUGUGGGAAGAGCUUCAAUCAAUCAGGAAACCUGACUAAACACCAACGCAUACACACAGGAGAGAGACCUUAUAGCUGUGAUCAGUGUGGGAAGAGUUUUGCUCUAGAUUUCACCUUGACUACACACCAGCGAAUCCACACUGGAGAGAAACCUUACUCCUGUCUAUGUGGAAAGAGCUUUGCUCAUUCAGGGUCACUAAAAAAACACAAGGAAGCACAAACAUGUUUUCUUUCAUCUACCUCCUCUCCGGCACCUGUUCCAGAUCCCUCAAUACAGUUUCAAUAGAAAACAUAUUGUAAAGAGUCAUCCAUCUCCCAUUCUCUAACAGUUUACUAAGUCUGAUUCCCAUGGUAACCUGUGUAGAUAAUAUGCAGCUCUGGAUCCAUAUGUAUCAAGUGUCUUGGAGUGGUGUGUGUGUGGAGUGGGGUGUUCAGAGCUGUAUCUUAUUUCAGUAACUCCUGUUAUCCAUUAAAUAAUGUAGAAUGAUGUUUCAAAAAUAGGUUCAUAUUCAUGUGUGAGAGAAAUGUUGUCUGAAGAGAGAGCCUUGAAUUGUACAUCUUUCCUCAUACAGUCAUUGGUUCCUGUUGGUGCUGGGUAGAGAUGUGAGGGGGGUCAUUACCCCCUCAGACCUUUUGUCAGAAGGCCCAGAACAUGUUCUAUAAUUUAAGAUAGGAGACGGUGCCAGUCACAUGCAUUAACCAAUCGUUAAUGAUGAAUUAAUUAUGAAAAAUGUAAAUCAUGCAAAUAUAACUUGUCUGUGUAAGCAGUAUAUAAGAGAACUAACGGGACUGCCCCGAAAGAGCUCCUGACCGACGUGUACUGUGGUGCAUUAAGUUUGUUGGAUACUCUCCAGCUUGCUGAUAAUAAAGAAUGAUUAAUUUAAGUUUGA